CGAACAAUAGUGUGAACGUCGAGGUAGUAUGGUACACGAUUGAAAGCCUCCUUUCUUGCGAAGAAUAAGGUUGGCAAAGAAAUCCCGACUGCACACGCUUGGUGGAUGAAAUGGUAAGAAUCCAUAUCCGAAUCCCAUUUUUAAUCCGAUUUCCGGCGUUGGAGGUGUUGGGUUAAACGGAUAUCCGUUGCCAGCCCUGCACUAUGAGUGCACGUUAGCAUAAGUAUCCAUAUUCCAGUCCCGCGCAUUUAUCCUCAACGGCCACACUCCAUCCCACGCAGAGGGAAUGGCGCUGAAACUGCUCCGCCUCUUGUCAUCGCCAUCACCACUCAUUCCAUCCCUUCCCAUCUUCUCCCAAAACCCUAAUCCCUCUUCUAUCCACAUCGUCCUCCCUCCUUCCAAAACCCUAAUUUCUCUCUCCCAUUCUCCAAACCCUAUCUUCCUAACUCUUCUCGACGAGAAAGAAGUAGUUGAAGAAGAAGAGGAUGAAGAAGAAGAGGAAGAAGAAGAAGCAGAAGAAGAGACAGAUCCCAUUCUGAAAUUCUUCAAAUCCCUUUCCCAAACACCCGACCCCGACCAUGAAGGCCGUCUCCAUCUCCAAAAGAACCGCCGCUCUUCCUGGCGCAUCGCCGAUUCCAAAACUCUAGAAACCGGCUUUGAUGUUGCCAGACAAGAACCCGAUUCUUCUAGGUUUUCAAAUUUAGGCCACUGCGAUGGACUGCGAGAAGAAGAGGGAGGCAUAACUGGGGAGAUUCUGAGAAUUGCGAGGAAUCUUCCGGUGAAUUCGACACUGGGGGAGUUAUUGAGUCCUUUUGUGGGGAGAAUUGGAGAGGCGGAGUGCGUUGAGGUGUUGGGUUUGAUGGGAGAGGAAGGCUUGGUUUCGAGCUGUUUGUAUUUCUAUGAAUGGAUGGGGUUGCAGGAACCGUCGAUCUUGACGCCUAGGGCUUGUUCGGUUCUGUUUCCGGUAUUGGGCCGGGCGGGAUUGGGGGAGAAGAUUAUGGUUCUGUUUGGAAAUUUGCCGACCAGGAAGGAAUUCAGGGAUGUUCGUGUAUAUAAUGCUGCUAUUUCGGGCUUGUCGUGCUGUGGGAGGUACAGUGAUGCCUGGAAGGUGUAUGACGCAAUGGAGACUAAUAAUAUUCAGCCAGAUCACGUGACAUGUUCUAUUUUGAUUACCGUCAUGAGGAAAAGUGGUAGCAGUGCAAAAGAUGCGUGGCAGUUCUUUGAGAAAAUGAACUGGAAAGGAGUCAAAUGGAGUUUGGAGGUUUUAGGCGCUCUUAUAAAAUCUUUUUGUGAGGAGGGGCUGAGGAAGGAAGCCCUCAUCAUUCAGUCGGAAAUGGAGAAGAGGGGCAUCUUGUCGAAUGCAAUCAUAUACAACACCUUGAUAGAUGCUCACAGUAAAUCAAACCAGAUUGAAGAAGCAGAAGCCCUCUUCAUUGAGAUGAAGAAGAAGGGGCUGAAGCCAACUGCUGUCACCUAUAACAUUUUAAUGGAUGCAUACAGCAGAAGGAUGCAGCCCGAGAUUGUUGAAGAUCUGCUUUGGGAGAUGCAGGGUUUGGGUUUGGAACCAAAUGUCAAAUCAUACACCUGCCUGAUAAGUGCAUAUGGUAGGAAGAGGAAAAUGAGUGACAGGGCUGCGGAUGCCUUCUUGAGAAUGAAGAAAGUGGGGAUAAAGCCGACUUCUCAUUCAUAUACUGCCCUUAUCCAUGCGUAUUCAGUAGAUGGUUGGCAUGAGAAAGCUUAUAUUGCAUUCGAUAAUAUGAAAAGGGAAGGCAUAAAGCCCUCUAUAGAAACAUACACUGCUUUGCUCGAUGCAUUCAGGCGAGCCAACGACACCCGAGCUCUGAUGGAUAUCUGGAAAUCAAUGAUCAGCGAUAAAAUCGAAGGUACACGAGUGACAUUCAAUAUUCUAGUUGAUGGAUUUGCGAAACAGGGUCACUAUGUUGAAGCAAGAGAUGUGAUCUCUGAAUUUGGGAGGAUUGGUUUGCAGCCAACGGUGAUGACAUAUAAUAUGUUAAUGAAUGCAUAUGCGAGGGGCGGGCAGCACUCCAAAUUGCCGCAGCUACUGAAGGAGAUGGCAGCUUUGGAUCUGAAGCCCGACUCUGUUACUUACUCCACCAUGAUUUAUGCUUACGUCCGUGUCCGCGAUUUUAGGAGGGCAUUUUACUAUCACAAACAGAUGGUGAAAAGCAGGCAAGUGCCCGAUGCCAAAUCCUACGAGAAGCUUAGGGCUAUUUUGGAGGCGAAAGCUAAAACAAAGAAUAGGAGGGAUAGGAGUGCCAUACUGGGCAUAAUUAACAGUAACAUGGGGCUGUUAAAACCCAAGAGAGGCAAAAAAGAUGAGUUGUGGAAGAACAAGAAAAAGCGGGCCAUGACAAACAGGUUUAGCGACGCUUGAUGUUUAUGUUGUCUUCAAGGUGCAGUUACUACGGGCAGGUGAUGGAUUGAUGUGUAAGUGGGUGCAAUGUUUGUUACCUGUGGGAGAGUGAUCCAUUUUGCAUGGGUCUUUGAUGCUCUUGCCAUUUUGGUCUCAGAGAAAAAGAAGGAAAAAGAGAACCUCAGUGAAGUUUUAAGCCACAAAGUCUUCCCAAAAUCACAUAUUGUAUCAUACCCUGCUUUGCCUUUGAUCAGGUCUGGCUCAAUGUUUUGGUCCCCAGAAUGGGGCCUGACCUGUUCCCAAGCAGUUUGGAUCAUAACAGUUAAACUGCUGUGUGAAACAGUCCAAACCAUUAUGUGUGUGUCUGCGGGCAUACGAGCAUGUGUGCCAGUGCUCUCAGAACAGUAUAAGUUAAUAGUGCACUUAGUUACAUUCAGACUGUUUAUUAUGUCCUGCACAUAUUUCAUGGGCAACCAUUCUGAUCAAUGGACUUCAAUCUGGACAUUAACAUU